GCCGCCGCCGGACGGAGCGCGGGGGGCGCCGGGCCCGGCGCGGCCUCAGAAGAUCUUCACGUAACUGGCUGAAAAAUGGUUCUGCAAGAUGACAGCAGCAACUCUAAGACUGUUGGAAUGGAGACUAUCUUCACUUUGACAUGAAGUGUGAAGUUUGUUAGUCACCACUUUUGUUUCUUUUUUACAGUUAUUGUGAAAGGUUCCAAAUGGUGUGGGUUUUUAUCAUGAACAGGAUGAGCUCCCAGAGCAGUUCAUCUGCUCAGCGCAGGCGAAUGGCUCUAGGAAUUGUCAUUCUCCUCCUGGUUGAUGUGAUCUGGGUGGCCUCUUCAGAACUCACUUCUUAUGUUUUUACAAGGUACAACAAACCCUUUUUCAGUACAUUUGCAAAAACAUCCAUGUUUGUUCUAUACCUCUUGGGAUUUAUUGUUUGGAAGCCAUGGAGGCAACAAUGUACUCGUGGGUUUCGUGGAAGGCAUGCAGCUUUUUUUGCAGAUGCUGAGGGUUAUUUUGCUGCUUGUGCAACAGAUACCACUGUGAACAGUUCUCUGAGUGAACCUUUAUAUGUUCCUGUAAAGUUUCAUGAUUUGCCAACUGAAAAAAACGGCAGUAAUAGUAGUGAUGCAGAGAAAACUCCCAAGAAGCCUCGUGUGAGGUUCAGUAACAUCAUGGAGAUCCGGCAGCUCCCAUCGAGCCACGCGCUGGAGGCAAAGCUGUCCCGCAUGUCCUAUCCAACAGUGAAGGAGCAGGAGUCCAUCUUAAAAACUGUGGGAAAACUCACUGCAAGCCAAGUAGCAAAAAUUAGCUUUUUCUUUUGCUUUGUGUGGUUCUUGGCAAAUUUCUCUUACCAAGAAGCUCUGUCAGAUACCCAAGUUGCCAUAGUUAAUAUCUUGUCAUCAACCUCUGGGCUUUUUACAUUAAUCUUAGCUGCAGUCUUUCCCAGUAACAGUGGAGAUCGAUUUACCCUGUCCAAAUUAUUAGCUGUUAUUUUAAGCAUUGGUGGUGUGGUACUUGUUAACCUUUCUGGAUCUGAAAAAUCUGCUGGAAAAGAUACAAUAGGUUCCCUUUGGUCUCUUGUAGGAGCAAUGCUGUAUGCUGUCUACAUAGUCAUGAUAAAAAGGAAAGUAGAUAGAGAAGAUAAACUUGACAUACCAAUGUUUUUUGGUUUUGUAGGACUGUUUAAUCUGUUGCUGCUGUGGCCAGGGUUCUUCCUGCUGCACUAUACUGGGUUUGAAGCAUUUGAGUUUCCCAAUAAACUGAUAUGGAUGUGCAUUGUUAUAAAUGGCCUUAUUGGAACAGUUUUGUCAGAGUUCCUCUGGCUGUGGGGAUGCUUUCUUACCUCAUCACUGAUAGGCACACUUGCCCUAAGCCUUACAAUACCUCUGUCCAUAAUAGCUGACAUGUGCAUGCAAAAGGUGCAGUUUUCCUGGCUAUUUUUUGCAGGAGCAGUACCUGUAUUUUUUUCAUUUUUCAUUGCAACUCUCUUGUGUCACUAUAACAACUGGGAUCCAGUGAUGGUGGGGAUCAGAAGAAUUUUUGCCUUUAUUUGUAGAAAGCAUCGAAUUCAGAGAAUGCCAGAAGAAAGUGAGCAGUGUGAAAGCCUCAUCCCUAUGCAUAGUGUUUCACAGGAUGGAGACAGCUGCUGUUCAUAGACAAAAGUUUAAAAGUGGAAUGAUGCCCAGCGAAGAGACAAUCUUCUGGAAAAGUCCCUAAGGAAUCAUGUUUCAGUGCCUAUUCUGAAUUUGUAGUAAAAAUAAGAAGUUUCAGUUCUUUUGAAACUCUAAACUUUUUCUCUUUCUUGCUUUCAUGUGAUUUUAUAAAUGAACAGAUUUACUACAUGCCUGUCACCAUAGGGAGUCUUAGUCCAUCUGAGCAACCAACCUGCCUUAUCAACUUGAGCUGGUGACAUUACUUGACAAAAAUCAAGAAAGCAAAUGUCGUUAAGUGAUUUCUUUCUUUUUUUAAGUCACGAUUUUGUUAAAUGCUGGACAAUAUUAUUUUUAAAAGAUACUUUAAAGUGAAUUAUGUAAAUAAGUUUGCAGGUCAUCAAGUCUUACAGGCUUUCAGAUGAAAAGCUAAAUAGAUAUGUUACCUGUAGUAGGUACAAAUUAAAUUUUUUAUGUUGUAUAAACUAUUUGCAUAUUAAUAGAUGAAAAUAGAAAAAUAAUUUAUUAAGUGCAUUCUUAUAAUUACUGAGGCAGGAUCUUUGUACGGUCCUGGAACACUACAUAUGUAAUGUCUGAGGCCAUUUUGAGUAGCCUUGUAAUGGCAAUGGGUGCUGAUGUUUCAAAAUUAAAAAAGUUGCCCAACAAUCAGGAAUGCUUAAAAUUUCAGUGAAUGGUAAAAUAUUCCUAAUUGCGAUAUGUUUGGGUAUACAUUCUCAUACAUAUUUUAAAACAGACUGGUUCUGUAAUCCAUUCUCAAUCCCAAUUGUCUCUCAGACAUGAAAAUUUUCAUGUGUAGCUGCCACAUUGUGAAAGAGAUCAAAUUAAUUGUGAAAGUUUUCAGUCAGUGGGUUGGCACUACACUCUACUAAGCAGUAUGAAAAAGAAAGGUGUUUGCAUUGAUUUUUCUUUCCCCCCAGCUGUAUUAAUAAAUUUAUUCUAAAACUGAUAAUUAUCUUCCUUCCACUGCAGUGUUUUAUCCUUUUUAAUUCAGAGAAGCUAUAUUAAUUAUAUUCAGGAAUAUUUUAAAUUAGUCAAUGCCAUUUUUCAGCUCCUGGCCUAUAAGGCACUUAGAUCAAAGUUAAUUUUGACUUUUGAUGGAUUUUAUUUUUUCUAUAAUGAAUGUAAGAUGGAUUUUUUAGCCAGGAGUACUUUCUUCCACACAACAAGGUUAUUAAUAAUGUAGGGUAUUUCUACUGUCCCUCCACACAAAUAAAGAAGGAUGACAUAGCAGAAAUACCUAUUCAUGUUUUGGCACUCAGUAAUCAUCCUUCCAAAAGCAAUUUUGGUCUUUUGGUAAUAAAACUAUUAUUUGAGAGGGAAUGCAGGAAAGCAACAUGCUUGAGCUCUACAUUUAUAGAAGAAUUCAAGCCAGCAGCUGGAACUCAAUAUAAGAAGUGUGUGUAGAGAAGGAAGACAAAAUGAACCUGGGCUAUUCUGUUCAAAUAUUUAACCUUCAUCAAGUUUUGCCUUCCUGAUUUUAAUCUACUAACUUUGGUGACCUGAGGCAUCUCUUUAAGAUGAGGUAGUAAGUCCUUCUUGGACACUAAAAUAAGAAUU